AUGGCUCACCUCAGUCCCCUUAUGGGAAGAGAAUCUUUGCCACUAGCUGGAAAUGUUAUCAGAACCUCAUGCGAGGACAAAGGCCAUACAGCUGCUACUACAGUUAGAGAGAUGAUUUCCCCAUCAAGUGACCUUGAGAUGGAAGGAGAGAGGAAACUAGAAAUAGUUGAAAGAGAUCAGGACUUGGAGGAUCAGCUACCUGCUGUUGAAGUUCAGUCUCAGCCAUGGACAGAACAGAUAACACUGAGAGGAGUGUUUGUGAGCAUGUUGAUUGGAAUCAUGUACAGCAUAAUAGUCAUGAAGCUCAACCUCACAACUGGUAUGGUUCCUAACCUGAACGUUUCUGCUGCACUCCUUGCCUUUGUGUUUGUUCGAACCUGGACCAAGGUGUUGCACAAGGCUGGUUUUGUAGCCAAACCCUUCAGCCGCCAGGAGAACACCAUCAUACAGACUUGUGCAGUUGCAUGCUAUAGCAUUGCUGUUGGAGGAGGAUUUGCUUCUUACCUGUUGGGAUUAAACAGAACGACUUAUGAGUUGUCGGGAGUAGGAAACGAGGGUAACAGCCCAAACGCUAUUAAAGAACCUGGGUUUGGUUGGAUGACUGCCUUCCUUUUUGUGGUUUGCUUUGUUGGCCUCUUUGUCUUGAUUCCACUCAGAAAGAUCAUGAUAGUUGACCUCAAAUUAACUUAUCCCAGUGGCUUGGCAACUGCGGUUCUCAUCAAUGGUUUCCAUACUCAGGGAGACAAAAUGGCCAAGAAGCAAGUAUGGGGAUUUGCGAAGUAUUUUUCUGUCAGUUUCUUAUGGGGUUUAUUUAAGUGGUUCUUCUCAGGAAUAGAGGACUGCGGAUUCGAACAGUUCCCCACCUUUGGAUUGCAAGCUUGGAAGCAAUCAUUCUAUUUCGAUUUUAGUAUGACUUUUGUUGGAGCAGGAAUGAUUUGCUCCCACCUUGUGAACGUGUCCUUGCUCCUUGGAGCUGUUCUCUCUUAUGGACUCAUGUAUCCGCUCAUUGAUCGGCUUAGAGGAGACUGGUUCCCGGACAAUUUAGAAGAAAGUAACAUGAAGGGUUUGUACGGUUAUAAGGUUUUUCUUUCAAUCGCUCUAAUCCUGGGUGAUGGCAUAUACAACUUCACCAAGAUUCUAAUUUCCACAGUGCUCAACGUCCAUGGCAGAAUAAAGAGCAAGAACAAUAAAAAUGUGGCUGCUGAUCAGAAGGGGAAUCCGACUGAAGACAUUGAACAAACAGAGACAUUUCUGAGGGAGAACAUUCCCAUGCGGAUUGGAAUCGUUGGAUACGUUGUUUUCACACUCAUUUCUAUAAUCAUAAUCCCACGCAUGUUUCCACAGCUGAAAUGGUACUACGUGGUGGUUGCUUAUAUAUUUGCCCCAUCUCUGGCAUUCUGUAAUGCUUUUGGAGCAGGUCUCACCGACAUAAACAUGGCAUAUAAUUAUGGGAAAGUUGCACUCUUUACCCUGGCAGCAAUUACAGGAAAAGAAAAUGGUGUGGUGGCUGGACUUGUGGGUUGCGGUCUUAUUAAAUCCGUGGUCUCGGUGUCUUGUAUUCUGAUGCAAGAUUUCAAAACUGCUCAUUACACACGUACCUCACCCAGAGCCAUGUUCAUAUGUCAAGUAAUCGGCAUUGCAAUGGGCUGUGUGACAGCUCCUCUCAGCUUCUUCCUGUACUACAAGGCAUUCGAUGUGGGAAAUCCGCAAGGAGAAUUCAAAGCUCCUUAUGCUUUAAUUUACAGAAACAUGGCAAUCAUAGGUGUCCAAGGUUUCUCAGCAUUGCCCCAGCAUUGCUUGCAGCUUUGCUUUGGUUUCUUUGCUUUUGCUAUAGGAGCAAACAUGAUCAGAGACUUUUCACCCCAAAAGAUUGGUAAAUGGAUGCCAUUACCAAUGGUCAUGGCCGUACCAUUUCUGGUUGGGGCAUACUUCGCAAUCGACAUGUUCAUCGGUAGUGUGGUUGUGUUUGUGUGGCACAAGCUGGACUCCAACAAGGCAGAGUUGAUGGUUCCAGCAGCUGCUUCUGGACUAAUUUGUGGGGAAGGACUAUGGACUCUACCUGCUGCGAUUCUAGCUCUUGCAAGAAUCCAUCCUCCUAUCUGCAUGAAAUUCGUUCCUUCCUAA